GACCUGCUGAGCGCAAACCCACCCAAAUCCACGAGUCUCGUCGUCGAUCCCCCGCAGACUCUUCGCCCUCCUCUCCAGCUCGAUGCGUUUCACCGACUCGCCGGUGGUGGAACUCCCCGUGGGCGGCGCCGUCCUCACCUUCGAGCAGGACAACGGCUCCAUGCACGUCGGGACCUCCGUCUGGCCCUGUUCCCUCGUCCUCGUCAAGUUCGUCGAGCGGUGGCUCCCCCGCCCCGCCGCCGUCGUCCCCAACCCCUACGCUGACCUCCUCCGCUUCCCCGGCAAGCGGGCCGUUGAGCUCGGCUCUGGAUGCGGCCCCGCAGGCCUCGGUCUCUUCCUCCUCGGCCUCGACGUCAUCCUGACCGAUAUCGCCCCCGUGAUGCCCGCCCUACGCCGCAACCUCAAGCGCAACCGCCCUGCCUUGCCCCGGACCCCCAAGCACGCCCAGCUCUACUGGAACAACCCCGGUCAGAUCAGGGCCCUCCGACCGCCCUUUGAUCUCGUGGUCGCCGCUGACGUGGUGUACAUGGAGGACUCCGCCGCGCAGCUCGUGACAGCCAUGGAGGCUCUCGUCGGGGACGACGGCGCCGUGCUGCUGGGUUACCAGCUAAGGUCGCCUGAUGCCCACCAAGUGUUCUGGGAUUUGUGUCGCCAGGCAUUCCCGGCCAUCGAGAAGGUCCCGCAUGAGGAUCUUCACCCAGAUUACGCCUACGAGGAGACGGAUGUCUAUAUACUAAGAAAGAGGAAGUAAAUUGGCAACCAUAAAACAGUGGUGAUUUGAUCUGUUCCGGGUUUUGCGACAGACCAUGGAGUUGUUUCAUACUUAUGUCGGUGUUUUUAUGAAGAUAUUUAUGAAUAUGGAUAAUUAUGAUGUUCACCCGUGUUUGAUGGUGAAACCAGAAGUCAGUCUGCUUGUCUUUGCACUCAAAAGAAGUUGUUUAUGAUAUCCUUGACGAUAGUAGAUGGAAGCAUUUGUAUCUGCACUAUGUAUCCACCACUUUACAAGAGAAAUUCCCUGGCGGUGAGCUAGUCAUUUAAUCUCGUUGAUUUAUGCAACUUGUAGACAGUGUUUCUAUAAUUAACAUUUCCUUGACUUGUUUGGCUGUUUUCUA